CUUAACAGUCGCGGGCGAAGUCGAUAUGGGCGGAGUAGGACGCAUUUCGUUCGUUCGGAGCAGCUGCGCUUUUAUAGCUUGGACGUGACGUCAUGGUGACACCUGAAUCGCGGUGUCAUGGUCAACUUCAUCGUUGACAUGUCAGAGAGUUUAGUAGUCGGCCAUGAUGCCGGCGGCAGAGAUGCUCCCACGAGCCACAGAAGCCACACUGACAAAGACAUUCCCGCAUGGAGCGCCAACCAGCGCCGGGACUCACGGGUACACGACCGCAAACUCGGCGGCCCUCGUCGCUCGCCGCGCAGCGGUAGUCGUCAUCCCAGGCGAGCAGAAUCGGAGGAGGCGACCGGCCGGCACGAGCGAUCCUCGUGGUGCGCGGCGGCCGCCCCCCACUGAGGAGCCGCCGAUGACAAAGCCGGCGGUGCGGCUGUCGUCAUGGCUCCACGUUCGCGCGGUAAAGGAGGCGGCGUCGGCGUCGCCGUGCGGUCGUCGCAGCUUCUGCUGUGGCUAGUGGUGCUGUCCGCGGUCGUCGUCAGGGGGCGCGCGCUGCGGGGCAUCAUGGGCCGGCGUCGCGUCGACUUCUCGCAAAUUCCCAAGACGGCGCGCAUCCAGGUGUACUACGAGUCGCUCUGCCCGUACAGCAUCGCGUUCAUCACCGAGCAGCUGUGGCCGACGUACGUGCGCGUCGGCUACCUCAUGGACGUCCAGCUGGUGCCGUUCGGCAACGCUUUCAAGGAGCAGCAGCAACAAAAUCUCGCUCGCGCAGAACGCUUCGCCCUGGGCCGCCGCCAGGAGCCCGAGUACAAGUACAGCUGCCAGCACGGGCCCGACGAGUGCUUCGGCAACGUUGUGCAGUCGUGCGCGGCGAGCAUCUUCAACGACACCAUCCUGUCGCUGGCCUUCGUCACGUGCAUGUCUCUGGCCGAGCACCCCAACGAGGCGGGUAAGGAGUGCGCCCGGGGCAUCGCUCGCAACUGGAACGCCAUCCAGCGGUGCGCCAACGGCGGCAAGGGACGCGCGUUGCAGGACGAGAUGAGCGAGCGCACGUGGAAUCUGGACCCUCCGCAUCACUACGUGCCUUGGAUCGUCAUCAACGGCGUGCACAACGACGAACAGCAGUCCAUGGCGCAGACAGACCUGCUGCAGGUGGUGUGCGACGCAACUCCGGACGGUCGCAAACCGCCGCCCUGUUUCGCCGACCUGGAGGAUCGGCGCUCCCUCCAGAAGCUGUCCGCGUCCAUCGAGGAGCACGCCGAGGACGCGCCGAACGGUUCCUCCCAGCGAGCUAGGCCUCCCGUCGUCGGACACAGCCUCAAGGAAAUCCAAGAUUGAGGACGAGUUGGGGGCCCGCGCCGCUCCGGUCAAAUUCGCCGCGCUGGCUGGCGCAUCCGGCGUUCGUAUACCUCUACACCCGACGCGCAUACCGCCGUCAUUCGCCAUCGGGACGAUACGCGAUUGUCCUUGCGUUGGACCCGUUUAUCCUUGCGUUGGACCCGUUUGUCCCUGCGUUGGACCCGUUCUAGAGUUCUUGUGACCGUUGUAUACACCGACCAUGUUUCUAAGCGUUGUCGUAUACAAUGUCAUGUAUAGCGAGUCCCUGUUGGAAGUUCCUGAAUCGCAGUAGCAACACAACACAUUUGCGUGAUGAUAUCGUUCUGAUGCGUAGAUACGGGCUCGGUUAGGUCAGGUUGCUCGAUGUUAGCUAAGGUCAGGUUGGCAACUCUAGGCACAUUUAAGAACUUCGAAACAAGCGAAAGUAAUGUGCUUACUGAGAAACUUGCCAGAGGCGUUGUUUUGUAUUUUACCCUGGCUUACCUCGCUCGCUGUUGUUGUUAAGCUUUGUUUUUAAGCCUGACUUAAUAUUCUUCACCGUCACUACGGCGUGACAAUAUGGGGGCUGGCAUUCGAAAGGUCCAAGUUUCGUGACCCUGCUCUCGCUCCACCGUCAUGUGUAGAGGGUGUCCCGACUAUCAUACACCAAGAUUUAAAUAUAUGCAAAUUCUACGUACCUGGACAGAACCAAGGUAAUGUUGUUUGCCGUCGCUAGGAGAUAGGCUAUUUCUUGCAAUCCACCUAAUUACAUAAUUAGUCUUAAUCAACUUCUAAAAUAUUAUAUUUAGAUUAAAAGUGUGAACGAGAAAAUUUUACAGCAACGUGACGAACUCCCGAUGCAGCUUUCUUUUGCUCUAUACAUGCUACAUAAAAAUGUUUUUCCGAGCCUGAAAGAAGCCGGCAAAUGCAUGCAAAUUGCCUCGAGCGGCCAGUAGCGCGUCAAUUAUAAUAUCUCAUAAAUUUCAAAAGAAAACAGGCUGAUUAUCUCCAAGCGACGCCAAACGGAAUUACUUUGGUUCUGUCCAGCUACGUUGCAUUUGCGUACUUUUAAAUCUUGAUGCAUGAUAGUUGGGACACCUUGUAUAGCGCUGAAUGUUUGUGGUCUUCGUUCUUCUCGGACUGAAGGCCGAUCUUAACAUCGAGCUUGAACGAAACCUUCCUCCCAUGACUGAACGUAUGGAUCCUUUUAUCCCCGUUGUGGAAUCGGAGUGUUCGUGACCCCCUGAAAACUUCCGGUCGCGCGUUUUCGGCACUCAAGUUUUCCUAGAUAAAAAAAAAAACACUAUUUUGUCCUGUAGUUGACUGUAUAUAUAUUCAGUGCUCAACGCUUUAGAUAAUCCGCCCGCAUGGCAUUCGGAGCUUUUUGCGCCAUCUGUGGCCGCUGAGGGACACUGAGUUGAUGUAAAAGCGAGGGCCUCUGUGACGCAUUGUGAAUACAUUUGUACCCUCCAGCGGUUGCGCAACGUUCUCCGAUGGCGCUAAAAGCAACGGCCGCCAUGCAGGCCGAUUAUCGCGUUUGAAUCGCCCAGCACUGCACCUGUCUUUGACGUACUCCAAUGUAUAAGGAUGGAUAACAAUGUUACGGUUCGUCGAGCUCUCGCACAUAGCUUUCUUGUGCACCCGGGAAUAAAAUUUAUUUGUCAAACAACGUUUUAUAACUUUGUAAUAAACGUGGUACCAGCUUGUAAUAAAAGUGGUACCAGCUGUAUGGUCCUAAAUAUUUGCAACCUGUAGCACGUUAUAGUGUCUUCGUUGCUCGCUAAGUUUAG